AUACCGCCCCCGUGCAGCGGCUUCCCUCACAGGCAGCACGCACCGCAGCAAAGUCCGAAAAUGGAGAGCUCAGUCCAGAGCUGGUGGGUGCUUCCCCUCACCUUGCUCCCGGCCAUCUCCGGCGGCCAGCACGACGGCACCACCACCACACUCGCCGCCGUGGCCACCAGCUUCGCCUACCUCGCCGUCCUCGCGUGCCUCGCGUGGGCGGCCGCCGCGCUGCUCUACUGGGCGCACCCGGGCGGGCCUGCAUGGGGCCGGUACUGGCGGGGCAGGGGCCAGGGCGCGGGGCUACGACGUGCCAUCCCGGGCCCGAAGGGGCUCCCCGUCGUCGGCAGCCUGGGGCUCAUGUCCGGGCUGGCGCACCGCUCGCUGGCCGCCGAGGCGGCGCGCCGGCCCGGGGCCAAGCGGCUCAUGGCGCUGUCGCUCGGCCCCGUCCGCGCCGUCGUCGCGUCCCACCCGGACGUCGCCAAGGAGAUCCUCGACAACCCGGCCUUCGCCGCGCGCCCGCUCAACCACGCCGCCUACGGCCUCAUGUUCCACCGCUCCAUCGGCUUCGCCGAGCACGGGCCCUACUGGCGCGCGCUCCGCCGCGUCGCGUCGGGCCACCUGUUCGGCCCGAGGCAGGUCGACGCCUUCACGCCGUACCGCGCGCGCGUCGCCGGCGACGUGGUCGCGGCGCUGCGCGGCGCCGGGGCGGGCGUGGUGGAGCUGCGCGGGGUCCUCCGCCGCGCCUCGCUCUACUACAUCAUGCGGUUCGUGUUCGGCAAGGAGUACGACGUGUCGGCGCCGCAGUCGUCGUCCGGCGAGGUGGAGGAGCUGCUGGAGAUGGUGCACGAAGGGUACGAGCUCCUGGGGAAGGAGAACUGGUGCGACUACUUCCCGGGGCUGGCCGCCGUCGACCCGCAGGGCAUCGGGGCCCGGUGCGCCGAGCUCAUGCCGCGGGUGAACCGCUUCGUGCACGGCAUCAUCCGGGAGCACCGCGCCAAGGCGACGACCGCCGCCGGCGGAGGAGAGGUGCCGCGCGACUUCGUCGAUAUAUUGCUUUCCCUGCAGGACAGCGAGGGGCUCGCCGACGCCGACAUCGCCGCAGUGCUCUGGGAGAUGAUCUUCAGGGGAACGGACGCCAUGGCGGUGCUGAUGGAGUGGGCCAUGGCGCGGCUCGUGCUCCACCGCGACGUGCAGGCCAAGGUGCACCGCGAGCUCGACGAGGUGGUCGGCCGGAGCAGCCCGGUCGCCGAGCCGUCCCUGCCGGCGCUGCCGUACCUGCAGGCGCUGAUCAAGGAGGCCCUCCGCGUGCACCCACCGGGGCCGCUGCUGUCGUGGCGCCACAGGGCGAUCACCGACACGUACGUGGACGGCCACCUCGUCCCCGCCGGCACGACCGCCAUGGUGAACCAGUGGGCCAUGAGCCGCGACCCGGAGGUGUGGGACGCGCCGCUCGAGUUCCGGCCCGAGCGGUUCCUGGCCGGCGGCGAGGCCCCGGACGUGUCCGUGCUCGGCGCCGACGGCCGGCUCGUGCCGUUCGGGUCCGGCCGGAGGAGCUGCCCGGGCAAGUCCCUGGCCAUGACCACCGUGACCGCCUGGAUGGCCACCCUGCUGCACGAGUUCGAGUGGGCGCCGGCGGCGCCCGGCGUCGACCUGUCGGAGGUGCUCCGCCUGUCGUGCGAGAUGGCGGCGCCGCUCCAGGUCCGGGUGCGCCCGAGGCGCGACGCGUGAUGUGCUCGUCGCGGUCGCGCCAUGGCCGGCCGAUCGACCCCACCCACCGUCCCUACUACAGUAAGUAGUUCGUAGCCCGUGACCCCGUGCUUCACGAAAGUGAAUAAUUAAAGCUGCCGGCGUAAAAUGUACGUGCGCCGAGCGCGGCUCAGUGUUGAGUUUCUUUCUAACGUGUGUGAUGUCUGUGCUAUGUAAUGUAACCCAUCAGGUGUGAGCGUGAGAGUGACUCAGUGAGGUUCCACAUGGUGUACAAAAUUGCAGAACAAAAAUCUAUAAGAGAUUGUGUGUGGAGUGUGCAAUAGUACACCGUUGCUUGUCGUGUGUAAA